AUGUCUAAGGAAGCAGAUCUUGGACGUACUGAUGUUGUCCAUACUAUCCUUCUAAAUGCAUCUUCCGAGGUGAACGCAGGAGCUGAUGUGAAGAAAGCAGAGAAGAAUGGCAUGACAUCUCUCAGUGCGGCGUCAUAUAAAGGUCAUGUAGACAUUGUAAAAUAUCUAAUUUCUAAAGGAGCGAAGCCGAAUUCGGUUCAUAAAGAUGGUAUCACACCCCUGCACAUUGCCUCACUACAGUGUAACCUUGAUGUUGUUGAAUGUCUAGUGAAUGCAGGAGCUGAUGUGAAGAAAGUAGAGAAGAAUGGCGUGACAUCUCUCCAUAUGGCGUCAUAUACAGGUAAUGUAGACGUUGUAAAAUAUCUAAUUUCUCAAGGCGCGAACGCGAAUUCGGUUAAUAACGAUGGUCAAACACCCCUACACAUUGCUUCAUUACAGGGUCAUAUUCAUGUUGUUGAGUGUCUAGUGAACGCGGGAGCUGAUGUGAAGAAAGCAGGAAAGAAAGGCGUGACAUCUCUCGAUGCGGCGUCAUGUACAGGUCAUGUAGCCGUUGUAAAAUAUCUAAUUUCUCAAGGAGCGAACCCGAAAUCGGCUGAUAAUGAUGGUCAAACGCCCCUACACACUGCUUCAUUACAGGGUCAUAUUCAUGUUGUUGAGUGUCUAGUGAACGCAGGAGCUGAUGUGAAGAAAGUCGAUAUGAAUGGCAUGACAUCUCUCGAUGUGGCGUCAUAUACAGGUCAUGUAGCCGUUGUAAAAUAUCUAAUUUCUCAAGGAGCGAACCCGAAUUCGAUCAAUAACGAUGUUCAUACGCCUCUACACAUAGCUUCACAAGAGGGUUAUCUUCAUGUUGUUGAAUGUCUAGUGAAUGCAGGAGCUGAUGUGAAGAAAGCAGGAAAGAAUGGCGUGACAUCUCUCCAUUCGGCGUCAUAUACAGGUCAUGUAGACAUUAUGAAAUAUCUACUUGAUCAAGGAGCGAACCCGAAUUCGGGUGAUAGCCAUGGUUAUACACCCCUGCACACUGCUUCACAAAAUGGCCAUCUCGGUGUUGUUGAAUGUCUAGUGAGUGCAGGAGGAGAUGUAAACAAACCAGCAAUUGAUGGUGAUUUACCACUUCAUGCUGCCUCUCGCGGGGGCAACCUUGACAUUCUAAUAUAUCUCAUUACGAAAGGAGCAGAUAUCGAGGCACGUAAUAAUUUCGGUUGGACAGUUUCUCACUUUGCAGCAGAUAAUGGUCAUUUGGGAUCUUUGGAAUAUUUCUUGAGAAACAACACUAGCGGUACACCGGGAAAUGGUCACAGCGCUCUUGAAGUUGGAUGUCAGACCUUAAAAGGAGUCACCCCACUUAUGGCUGCCGCAAGGGGAGGAAGUCUGGACUGUGUACGUCUGCUGCUCGAAAACAAUGCAGACAUUGAGACAGAAGAUGCGGAGGGAUGGACAGCCAUCCAUUAUGCUGCAACAAGGUGA